CAUUCCUUCUACGGCGUUCCCUCUCCAACUGGAAACUCAAAACAAACUCAACCGCUACUUGUCAUCGGCUAAACCUCUCGAUUUCCAUCUCGCGAUUCUUUGUUACGAAGAUGUGGAACCACGCGUACCGGAAAAAUGAUGUGGAGAUCGGAGAAAGGCCUUUGUACCCGAUGAUGCUUGAAAGGCCCGAGCUCCGAUGGUCGUUUAUCAGGAAAAUAUACUCGAUCUUGACGAUCCAAUUACUCGUCACGAUUGCAGUCGCCGCCGUCGUCGUCUCCGUCCGGCCGAUUUCGGUCUUCUUUGCUACUACUGGACCCGGUUUGGCGCUUUACAUAGUCCUUAUCAUCACGCCUUUCAUUACGUUAUGUCCAUUGUACUAUUAUCACCAGAAACAUCCGGUUAAUUACUUCCUACUCGGGAUUUUCACGAUUUCGCUGGCAUUUGCUGUUGGUUUGACUUGUGCUUUUACCAGUGGAAAGGUCAUUUUGGAAUCAGUAAUCUUAACGACAGUUGUUGUCGUUGGUCUCACCCUGUACACAUUCUGGGCAGCAAAGAGAGGCUAUGAUUUUAACUUCCUCGGCCCCUUCUUGUUUGGUUCUCUUUUGGUUCUUAUGGUUUUUGCUUUCAUACAGAUUCUCUUCCCAUUGGGAAGGUUGUCCAUUAUGAUAUACGGGGGCUUAGCAUCGAUUAUAUUCUGUGGAUACAUCAUCUAUGACACAGACAACUUGAUCAAGCGCUAUACAUAUGAUGAAUACAUUUGGGCUGCGAUAUCAUUGUAUCUGGAUAUCAUCAAUCUUUUCCUUUCCCUGCUUACGAUCUUCAGAGCUGCUGAUGCUUGAGAUUGUUGCUAUGCUCCUCUUUCUUUGGUUUUGCUCCUUUGUCUUCUACUCAACAAGUAGUUCACAGUGAACAUGAAUGCCAUAUUUUCUUCUUCUUUUUUGUACGACAAUUGUGUAAAAUGUCAUGUAAACAAAGUUCUGUUGCUGGGAAAUAAUUCUUUUGGUCGAGAA